GUUUUGCCUGCAUAUAUGUAAGUGCCCUGUGUGUGUGUGUGCCUGGUGCCGACAGAAGCCAAAUGAGUAUGUCAGAGUUCCCUGGAACUGGAGUUAACUGAUGAUUGUGAGCCAUCACGUGGGUGUUGGAAACAAACCCAGGUCCCCUGCAGAAGCAGCAAGUGCUCUGAACCACCAAGCCCUCCCCAGCCCCAUAAAAAUGGCUUUUCUUCAAUCUAAAUGUAACUACUGUUUUUGUGUGAGUUGGAAAUGCCACCUGACCCUUCUGUCUCCCCUGUGCCCUGGUUCCCAUUCUGAGGUCUCACUAGUCAUGCUGAUUAAUGGCCGUGGAAAGUCCAGCUAAGGGGUCUGCUGUCCAGUAAUGCCAGCAUCCAUCCGUGUCAUGGCGGGGGGUGUGUGUGAGAGAGGGCUCCCAGUGCAUGUCUGCUGCUUGCCUGGGAACAUUGCUUCUGCUGUUGGCUCUUCAUUGUCCCACACUCUACACAGCCCAGGCAGCCUGCCUGGCUCUGCUGAGAACCUGGGCUUUAUGUGUAGCCUGGCUGUUACAAGCAAGGGACAGCCAUAGAUCUCAGCUUGGGCAGAAGCUGAGGGAAGGAUGGACUGCUGGGCUCGGAGCUGUUCUUGUAACAUGACCUCCUACCACCAAAGACACCCAAACAGGAAUCCACACACUCAACAAAUCACUUGGGUUGGGUCAGGUGGGUUCUCUCUGCCCCAGAAUGCCCAUGGAACGGGGCUCCCUGAAAAAGGAGGCCUCUGCCUCCUGCUCCAGUCCCACCCUACUGGCCUGCAGUCCCCUGAGCUGCUAGGCAGGCUGCUUAUUGUAGGCAGGUGUGUUCCCUAUAGAGGCCCAUCGGGCAAGAAUAACUGCCAUCGUGUCUUUGUGGUAGCAGAUUCUGUUUUGAAUGAUACUUAGAGGGGUUGCCAUGGUUACACACACACACACACCCUAUUGGUCUGUCACCUUCACUGACCUCAGGAGCACACCCCCUCCCUUAUCCAAGCUGCAGUCAGUCCUACCUUCAGGUGGCUAUCCCCUGUGCCUUCUUGACUGGUGUUUCUGCACUGGAGGCCCUGCUAUCUAAAAUCCAAUUCAGGGAUGUUUGGUUAGAGCUCCCAGCCUUGGCCAUGAGUAGGGAACCUGGGGCUCCCUUGCUGGAACAGUGCAAAUAAGGACAAGUGUGUCUACUGACAGCAGCUCCAGCUCAGGAGAACGUGUGGUGGGGAGCAAACGGACCUUGACGUUCUGGGAUGGGUCACAGACCUAGUUUUAGUAGAAAGCAAGCACCCUUAGGAAGGUAAUAAAACACAGGCUGCCUAAGAGGGAUAGUGGGUGCUGCAGGCUGCCAGCUAUGGCCUUCUGGGAGAAGCUUCUGCAGCACGUAGUGCAAGAGCCAUACGCAGGCAGUGGUUCUGGGUCGAGCUGUUCGGUGGGGGACGGUUCUACCCAGGCUGUGCGUCGAGUUGGGGCCGCGCGUGCGCGUGCAGGAUAUGCGCGUACUCUGGCUGUGUGCGCGCUGGGCUGGCAUCUCGGUGACGCUGUCUGAGCUCGGGGAACGCAGAGCAGAGCAGGCGGAGCGGGCCGGCCGGGGCGGAGCGGAGCGGUCCGCAGAGCAGCCCCUCCCGGCCUCGGCCGACCCCGGCCCUCGGCCCGGCUCUAUGGACAGGAGCUCGCUGCUGCAGCUCAUUCAGGAGCAGCAGCUGGAUCCUGAGAACACAGGCUUCAUCGGUGCGGACUCCUUCGCUGGUCUGGUACACAGCCAUGAGCUGCCCCUGGACCCCACCAAGUUGGACAUGUUGGUGGCUCUGGCUCAGAGCAACGAGCGGGGCCAGGUCUGCUACCAGGAGCUGGUGGACCUGAUCAGCAGCAAGCGCUCCAGCAGCUUCAAGAGAGCCAUUGCUAACGGACAGCGGGCACUGCCCCGGGACGGACUGCUAGACGAGCCAGGCCUGAGUGUCUAUAAGCGGUUUGUGCGCUAUGUGGCCUAUGAGAUCCUGCCCUGCGAGGUGGACCGCCGCUGGUACUUCUACAGGCACCGCACCUGCCCACCCCCUGUGUUCAUGGCCUCGGUCACCCUUGCCCAGAUCAUCGUGUUCCUGUGCUACGGGGCACGUCUCAACAAGUGGGUGCUCCAGACCUACCACCCUGAAUACAUGAAGAGCCCUCUGGUGUAUCACCCAGGACACCGUGCUCGGGCAUGGCGCUUCCUCACCUACAUGUUCAUGCAUGUCGGGCUGGAGCAGCUAGGGUUCAAUGCCCUCCUGCAGCUGAUGAUCGGCGUGCCCCUGGAGAUGGUACAUGGCGUGCUUCGCAUCAGCCUGCUCUACCUGGCGGGCGUGCUGGCAGAUAUGCGUGCCCCCGUGGUAGGGGGCUCUGGAGGGGUCUAUGCCCUGUGCUCAGCACACCUGGCCAAUGUUGUCAUGAACUGGGCUGGGAUGCGGUGUCCAUACAAGCUGCUGAGGAUGGUGCUGGCUCUGGUGUGCAUGAGUUCCGAAGUGGGCCGGGCUGUGUGGCUACGCUUCUCCCCACCACUGCCUGCCUCAGGCCCACAGCCCAGCUUCAUGGCACACCUGGCUGGUGCAGUGGUAGGUGUAAGCAUGGGCCUUACCAUCCUUCGGAGCUAUGAGGAGCGCCUGAGGGACCAGUGCGGCUGGUGGGUGGUGCUACUUGCCUAUGGCACCUUCCUGCUUUUCGCCAUCUUCUGGAACGUCUUUGCCUAUGACCUGCUGGGUGCCGAUAUCCCCCCUCCACCUUGACCUGCUCCCUAGGGCCAUAUGGCUAGAGCCAGGCACCAGGUGGGCCUGCAUGUCUGCCCUCUAUGAAUGGACCUCUUGGCUGCUUUUCCCCACAGGGGCAGGGGGGCCCUUUGAUUCCCCACCCCCAGCUGAAGCCAAGUCUUACUGCAGCCCUUCCUAGGCCUUUCCAGGGGGAGGGGCGCUACUAGGCCAGGGCUGGGUGGAGGACCUUGAAUGUGGCCCUAGAGGGGAUCCCUUCCCUCCCCACUGACCCCAGGACUUGCAGUCUGAGCCUUUUUGGAGAAUGAAUAAAUAUUUUACACAGCACCUGGUAGCUGCCCUGGUGCUCUGCAGGCUUGUCUGCCCCCUCACCAAAGCUGUAUGAGACACCUCCCCUCCAGGACGGUCUGUGCUCACUCCCUCUCUCCCCUGACUUGACGUGGUGGCUUUACUCCUGGUCAUGGCUGGAACCCACAAGAGGUGGGGCCCCUGGGAAGAGACUGUGGACUUCCAGGUCAGUCCAAGUUCAGCAAUCGUUUAUUGUGCUCCAAGAGCUUCCAAUCUCCUGUUCUUCCAUCCUCCCUUCCAAACGCAAGCCCACAACAGUUCACUUGGCCUGGGUCCUGUAAUUCUUGGCGGGUCCUUGUGGGAGGCCCCGUCGGGGUGAAGGUCAGGCAGCAGGUCUGGGCAUACAUAUGCCCAUAGCCCAAG